AUGAUGAGAACCGUAGCAAAUGCGUUGGUUGCCUCGGGGCUGCUUCUAGCUCCUGCGGCUGCCGAUUCUUGCCAGACACCCAUCAACCAUCCAGGCACCGCUUUCAGUAAUGUCCAACCUCUGAAUACUACUAUCCUGGACCCCUACGGUCACUCACCGGCUGUAUAUCCAUCACCAAACACAACCGGAAUUGGAGGAUGGGAAGAGGCAAUGGCCAAGGCCAAGGCCUUCACAGCCCAACUCACCCUUGAGGAGAAGGCGUGGAUGGUGACUGGCCAACCUGGCCCCUGCGUGGGCAACGUACUCCCCAUUCCUCGCCUCAACUUUAGUGGCUUGUGUCUGCAGAACGGUCCUCAGGGAAUCGAGGAAGGCACUUACUCGAGUGUCUUUGUCAGCGGAGUAUCAGCUGCGGCUAGUUGGGACCGAAAGCUCAUCUACGACCGCGCCUAUGCAAUUGCUGAAGAGCACAAAGCCAAGGGAACACAUGUGAUCCUAGGUCCCGUCGCUGGGCCUCUUGGCCGCAGCGCAUACAAUGGUAGAUCCUGGGAAGGCUUCGCUGCGGACCCCUACUUGACCGGUGUAUGUAUGGAGGAGACCAUCAUUGGCUUCCAGGAUGCCGGCGUGCAAGCCAAUGCAAAGCACUUUAUCGGCAACGAACAGGAGACUCAGCGUAACCCAACCUUCGACCCCAACGCCAACGCCACGACGUACAUCCAGGACUCAGUCUCGUCCAACAUUGAUGAUCGAACAGUCCAUGAAAUCUACAUGUGGCCAUUUGCCAACGCUGUGCGCAGUGGCGCCGCUUCCUUCAUGUGCUCGUACAACCGUCUUAAUGGCUCUCACUCUUGCCAGAACUCGUGGGCGCUCAACCAUCUCUUGAAGACCGAGCUCGGCUUCCAAGGAUAUGUGAUGUCGGAUUGGGGCGCCACUCACAGUGGAGUCGCAUCCAUUGAGAGCGGCAUGGAUAUGACCAUGCCCGGUGGCUUCACCUUGUACGGUGAGAUGUGGACGGAGGGUUCUUACUUUGGCAAGAAUCUGACUGCCGCUGUUGAGAAUGGCACUGUCGAUAUGUCGCGUCUGGAUGACAUGGUCAUUCGUACAAUGACACCAUACUACCUUCUUGGCCAAGACCAAGACUAUCCCAGUGUCGAUUCAUCCGUUGGCCCUCUAAAUGUCGACUCCCCUCCCGACACAUGGCUAUACGAUUGGACCUUUACGGGAACUAGCAACCGGGACGUCCGCGGUAACCACAGCGUCUUGAUCCGCCAGCACGGCGCUGAAUCGACGGUUCUUCUCAAGAACGAGAAUGGAGCACUUCCUUUGAAUGCACCCAAGAGCAUCGCCGUUUUUGGAAACGAUGCUGGUCCUAUUACCCAGGGCGCAUAUAACAAUGUAAACUACGAGUACGGUGUGCUGCCCAACGCAGGUGGCUCUGGAACUUGCCGCUUCAGCUCCUUGUCGAACCCCUUGGACGCCAUCACCAGACGUGCUGAGCAAGAUGGAGCUCUGGUUCAGUCCUGGCUCAACAACACUCUUCUCACUACCACGGCGCUUCCAGAUCUCUGGAUCGGUCAGUUGCCUGAUGUCUGUCUCGUUUUCCUCAAGUCGUGGGCCGAGGAAAACAAGGAUCGGGACUCUUUGGACUUGGAUUGGAACGGCAGUGCCGUAGUAGAGGCUGUGGCCACCUACUGCAACAAUACAGUUGUAGUCACGCACUCCAACGGUAUCAACGUGUUGCCAUUCGCCGACCAUCCCAACGUCACCGCCAUCCUGGCCGCACACUACCCUGGUGAGCAGGCUGGCAAUGCUAUUGUCGACCUUUUGUAUGGUAAGGUCAACCCAUCGGCCAAGUUGCCUUAUGUGAUGGCAUACAAUGAGUCAGACUACAACGCACCCGUGACUACAGCUGUCCAGACCAACGGUACUUACGACUGGCAGAGCUGGUUUGACGAGCGUCUCGAGGUUGGUUACCGCCACUUUGAUGCCAACGAUAUUACUCCGCGCUACGAAUUCGGAUUCGGUCUGAGCUACACCACCUUUAGCCUGAGUGGACUGUCGGGCAACUCAUCGGCAAGCAACUUGACCGCUCUGCCCCCAGCCCGCGACACCAUGCCUGGUGGCAACCCGGCCUUGUGGGAGACGGUGUACACCAUCAAGGCCGACGUGACAAACACUGGUGGUGUGGCCGGCUAUGCCGUGCCCCAGCUGUAUGCCGGCUUCCCCGACUCUACGCCUGAGGGCACGCCGCCUAGCCAGUUGCGUGGUUUCGACAAGAUUUGGCUCGAGGCAGGCGAAACCAAGACAGUUACUUUUGACUUGAUGCGUCGCGAUGUGAGCUACUGGGAUAUCGUAGCUCAAGAUUGGCGCAUUCCAUCUGGUGCAUUUACUUUCAAUGCCGGCUUCAGCAGUCGCGACUUUUGGGCAAACAGCACUGUUGUCCUGCUCUAG